AUGUCGAGUGAAGUACACUUGUCCAGCCAAUUCCCUUUCCCACUUGCAGCCUCUGCCGGUGAAGAAAGGCGGCACUGCCGGGAGACACCACUUUUCAUCGUCGCCGGACGGAGCCAAUCGCCGCCGGUCGGUGAGACGGAGGACCACUGUUUGACCUUGGAUAUUUUCGUGAAAGAGCCCGAAUUUCAGGACCUAUUUUCGUUUAUCCGCAUAGGCGGUGGUGUUGGUGCGGCGGUGAGCGCGUCUCAUGGAAUGGCAGAUCUUGGUAGUUACGGUAAUGCCGACCGCGACAUCGAGCAGGCCUUGAUUGCUCUAAAAAAAGGAGCUCAACUACUAAAAUAUGGUCGCAAAGGAAAGCCAAAAGUUUAUCCAUUCAGACUCUCUAAUGACGAAACAUCUUUAAUUUGGAUUUCUAGUAGUGGUGAAAGGAGUUUGAAGUUAGCUUCAGUCUCAAGGAUCAUCCCUGGACAACGAACAGCUGUUUUCCAACGUUACCUGCGUCCCGAGAAGGAGUACCUAUCAUUCUCUCUCAUAUACGACGACGGGAAAAGAUCCCUUGACCUGAUCUGCAAGGACAAAGUCGAGGCUGAAAUCUGGAUAGCUGGUCUUAAAGCAUUGACAUCAUCUGGACAAGCUGGGCGUUCCAAAAUUGACGGAUGGAGUGAUGGAGCCUUCUAUUUUGACGACAAUUCAAAUCUGACGUCAAGCAGCCAAAGCAGCAGCUCAGCAAGCGCCACGCGAGGACUCAGCUCGCCCGACCUGUCGACCCACCUGGAAAGGUCACAUGUAGCAGCUUCUGACCCUACAACAAGCAUGCAGGCCAAAGCAUCCAACAACAACGACACUCUUCGAGUCAGCGUGUCGAGCGCUCCCAGCACUUCCAGCCACGGGUCUGCCCCCGAUGACUGUGACGCUCUCGGGGAUGUCUAUAUAUGGGGCGAGGUCGUUUGUGACCUCAUCGUCAAGUCGGGACCCGACAGGACCUCUGUCAGCACUAGGGCCGACAUCCUCUCCCCCCGCCCUUUAGAGUCGAACGUUGUCCUCGACGUGCAUUAUAUCUCGUGCGGCGUUCGCCACGCGGCCCUGGUGACCCGAAUGGGCGAGGUCUUCAGCUGGGGGGAGGAAUCCGGUGGCCGGCUCGGCCAUGGAGUCGGACGGGAUGCGGCCCACCCCCGUCCCGUUGACUCGCUCGCUUCCUGCGGCUCGGUCGACCUUGUCGCAUGCGGGGAGUUUCACACGUGUGCCGUCACGACCGCGGGCGAACUCUACACGUGGGGUGAUGGGACCCACCACGCGGGCCUCCUAGGUCAUGGGCCCAGCGCGGCGGCCAGCCACUGGAUCCCUCGGCGGGUGGCGGGCCCACUCGAUGGGCUCCGUGUGGCGUCCGUCACGUGCGGGCCGUGGCACACGGCUCUCAUCACAUCCGCGGGUCGGCUCUUCACGUUCGGGGACGGGACAUUUGGCGCGCUGGGCCACGGAGACCGGGAGAGCGCCACGUCGCCGAGGGAGGUGGAGUCGCUGACGGGGCUGCGGACGGUGGCGGUGGCGUGCGGGGUGUGGCACACGGCUGCGGUGGUGGAGGUGAUUGCGACCCAACCGAGUGCGGGGAAGCUCUUCACAUGGGGAGACGGGGACAAGAAUCGGCUUGGCCACGGGGACAGGGAGGCUCGGCUGAAACCCACGUGCGUGCCGGCCCUCAUCGACCACAACUUCCAGAAGGUCGCCUGUGGCCACAGCCUCACCCUCGGGCUUACCACGGCGGGCCGCGUCUUUGCUAUGGGGAGCAUGGUCUAUGGCCAGCUCGGGAAUCCACAAUCUGAUGGCAAGUUGCCCUGCUUGGUUGGCGACAAGUUGGCAGCGGAGUGUGUCGAGGAGAUUUCAUGCGGGGCCUACCACGUGGCUGUCUUGACAUCAAAGAACGAGGUCUACACAUGGGGAAAGGGUGCAAACGGGCGAUUGGGACACGGGGAUUUAGAGGACAGAAAGUCGCCGAUGCUUGUUGAGGGUUUGAAGGACCGGCACGUCAAGUCCAUAGCUUGUGGAUCGAACUACACGUCGGCUAUAUGUGUUCACAAGUGGGUCUCUGGGGCCGAGCAGUCCCAGUGCUCAGCCUGCCGGCAGGCGUUCGGGUUCACGAGGAAGAGGCACAACUGCUACAACUGCGGGCUCGUCCACUGCCACGCGUGCAGUUCGCGGAAAGCUGUGCGGGCAGCGCUGGCGCCGGACCCGGGCAAGCCGCACCGGGUGUGUGACCCUUGCUAUGCAAAGCUGGCCAAGGUGGCUGAGGGCGUGGUGGUCCACAGCCGGAGGAACUCGUCCGGGCCUCGGCUCUCCGGCGAAAACAAGGACAGGCUGGACAAGGCCGAUCUGCGGCUGGUCCAGAAGUCGGGCGUGGCAACAUCCAAUUCUGAGCUGAUAAAGCAGCUGGACAGCAAGGCGGGCAGGCAGGGAAAGAAGGGGGACACGUUUUCGUUGGCCAGGUCAUCACAGGUGUCCCUGCUCCAGCUGGGAAGGGAGGCUGUUAUGUCAGCGGCGGUUAGGAAUGUUGUGCCGAAGCCGAUAGCUGCGCCAUCGAGCGUGAGCUCGAGGUCCGUUUCGCCCUUCUCGAGAAAGCCAAGUCCACCGAGGUCGGCUACGCCGGUGCCGACAACUUCGGGCCUUUCCUUUGCGAAAAGCAUUUCGGAUAGUUUGAGGAAGACGAAUGAGGUUCUGAACCAAGAAGUGCAUAAGUUGCGGGUUCAGGUUGAAAACCUUAAGAGCAAAUGCGAACUGCAAGAACUGGAGCUCCAGCAAUCGGCUAAAAAUACCCAGGAAGCAAUGGCGGUGGCUGCCGAGGAAUCUGCUAAAUGCAAAGCUGCCAAAGAAGUGAUUAAGUCACUUACUGCGCAGGUAAAAGAUAUGGCUGAGAGGUUGCCACCCGGGGCAUACGAUCCCGACAGCCUGAAGCUAAAUUACCUUCCGAACGGAUGCGAACCAAGAGGCACCACCCACAAUACGGGCGCAAAUGGAGAAACCAAUUCAAGAGCGGAUGCACCAAACAAUUCCUACUCUGGAGCUGAUUCGAGUAUGCUGGACAGAGCUCGGGGCCCAUCAGAACUGCUCGGCGAUGAUUCCUUAAUUCCCAAAGGUGGGGGCAGACAUGGCCAGGCUCAUGGGGACAGCAUGUCAGAAAACAUCGAGUCCAAAGAGUCCAUUUCAUAUCGGGAUAGUGACGCCAGCUCAAAAUCGAGAAAUACAGUGGUGGUCCCAAGCAAUGCCAGCCAGAUUGAGGCUGAAUGGAUCGAACAAUACGAACCGGGUGUGUAUAUAACUCUCGUGGCUCUCAGUGAUGGAACGAGAGAUCUCAAACGCGUACGGUUCAGUCGACGAAGAUUUGGGGAACACCAAGCGGAGACUUGGUGGUCAGAAAACCGAGAGAGAGUGUAUGAGAAGUACAAUGUGCGUGGUUCGGAUAAGUCGUCGGUUUCCGGUCAGGCUGCACGAAGAUCGGAAGGGGCAUUUUCGCCUUCUUCUCAAGUUUAG